AUGACCAUCAAGGACGACUCCAAGGGCAGUACCACCCACGUCGAGGUACUUGGCGCAGACUUCACCGCCCCCAGCGAUGAGAAGGAUGGCGCUUGGGUUCUAGACCGCGAUGGAGCCAUCAAGAGCGAGGAGCAGGAGCUCAAGAUGUCGCUACUUGAAGGUCUUCGCGCGUACCCGAAUGCUACGUGGUGGAGCUUUUGCAUCUCGCUCUGCAUUAUCAUGGAAGGAUACGACUAUGCCGCGAUCGGCAACAUCAUCUCAAUGCCGCAGUAUCGCGAGCGCUUUGGCAACUAUGUCGGUCCUACAGGCAACCCAGAGAACGACUAUCAGUUCACUGCGGCCUGGCAAUCCGCUAUUGGACAGGCCUCCAAUAUUGGCUGUAUUUUCGGCAUCUUCCUGUCGUCCUGGUGCCAGGACAGGUAUGGCUACCGUCGUACACUUCAAGCGGCCUUGAUUGCUCUUUGCGGGUUCAUCUUCAUCAUAUUCUUCGCCGUCAACGUCGAGAUGCUUUUUAUCGGCCAGCUGCUGUGCGGCUUUCCCUGGGGCGCCUUUGCCUCUUCUGCCGUCUCGUACGCGUCUGACCUAGCUCCCACGCCGUUGCGUGGUUACCUGACGAGUUGGGUGAACAUUUGCUGGAUCAUCGGUGGUAUUAUCGGUAACGCGAUCCUCAAAGUCUUCCUUAUCCGCCAGGACGUGUACGCCUACAAAAUCCCGUUUGCCAUUCAGUGGGUCUGGCCGGUCCCAAUCUUUGUCCUUGUGACCUUGGCUCCAGAGAGCCCCUGGUUCCUCGUUCGUCGGGGUCGUCUCGAGGAAGCCAAGCGUGUCAUUUGCCGCUUGGCCAGCAAGAACUCUCCCGUGGACCCCGACCACAUGGUCGCGUAUAUGGUUCGCACGAACCAACACGAGGUUGAGGUGGCCAAAGGAACCAGCUACCUGGACUGCUUCAAGGGAGUCGACCUCCGGCGCACCGAGAUUGCGUGCGCUGCUUGGGCAGCGCAGGCGACAUGUGGACUGCCCUUUGGCGCCAGCGGAACUUACUUUAUGCAGCAAAGUGGGUUCUUCAGGAGGAGCUGUGCUGACAGAGCCCUGGUCGCCUGGUUUGCGAUGAUGAAAUUUGGCCGCCGCACACUUGUCGUGUAUGGCCUCUUGUUCUUUGUUGUCAUGUUCAUUAUCGUCGGUGCCAUUACCGGCCCGGCAACCCACAGCAGCGGUGCCCAGUGGGCCCAGGCAUCCCUCCUGAUGCUCUGGGUCUUUGGAUUCGAUGUCACUCUCGGUCCGAUGGCGUACACGAUCGUGGGUGAAACGCCCUCCACUCGCCUCCGCGCCAAGACUGUGGGACUGGCAUGCAACGCCUAUAAUGUUCUGAACAUUAUUGCCGGCAUCCUCAGCACGUACAUGCUCAACCCGACCGCCUGGAACUGGAAGGGCCGCGCUGCGUUUUUCUGGGCCGGGGCCGCGUUUCUCACGUUGGUUUGGGCAUAUUUCCGCCUGCCCGAGUGCCGCGGACGCUCGUAUCGCCAGCUGGACAUUCUGUUCGAGCGUAAGAUUCCGGCUCGUAAGUUUAGCGAGACUGUGGUUCGUGAGGAGGACGACUCGUAG